AUGUCAGGAAUCCUCGAGUCAGUUCCCGUGACUGGCAGUACCGCUACUGCUGCAGCCUUCAAUGGAAUCAAUGAUAGUGCCUCCUUAACCUCAGUCCCUGCUGUUCUCUCUUAUUCCCUCGACCUCUUGGCCCUCCCGUUUCGCGCGCUCAGCCACGCGGAAACAUUCGCAUUCAAUACAGUCCCUCGGCACAUCGCGCAACUUACAGGCCUCAACAACAUCAAUCUCAAUCUGUGGGGGAGAGCGGCCCCAACAGCAGGGCAACAUGGCUUAGAAGGCAACGCCGUAGCUGCUGCUGCGGGCGCAGCAGGUGAAGCGGCCGCUGGAUACGGUGAUAGCUGGUUUGUGACCGAGUCAAUGCAGACAAUGCGGAAAGUCUGGGGAUUUUUCGGCUAUUUGACCAGCAUCUGGUCUUUCGCUUGUCUCAUCGAGGCCCUGGUCCUAAAUCGGAUAACCAUCUACGCUUCUACUCGACGCCAUCUGCGAUUGGGCUGGGAAAGGCGCCUCGCACUGCGCAUUAUUCCGAUCGUCUUGUUCAUGAUGCAGAUCAUGUCGCUACUCCGAGGCAUUCGAUGUCAGUCGUCGCCGAGUUUCCCUGAACUGCGUUACGGCAACCCCCGCAAACCCCUGUCCUUUGACUACGCAACCCAAGGGGGAGCGCUCUACACAAUAAGCUCGCGCUUGAUGUUUUGGGAAUCCGACUCCCAGGCGUGCAGUGCCGUGAACAUGGAGCGCGUUCCUGGUAGUCCGGACAUCCCAAACGGAUCUUACUCUCUACUGUGGCCGGUCUUCCUGGUAUUAUGUCUGAGUCAUUUCAUCGAGACCCUGGUCUGCGCUUUGCAAGGGCGACCCGUGAUGACCGAGACGGGAAUGUCGAUCUUCGAGCAUUCGCUUGCUUUUGCCGAAGCUGAAUCUAUGAUCAGCAAGUCGAUAGGACUGGGUCUCUUUGGCCUGGCCAAGAGAAGUCCCUUGGCAGAGAGCACAUCAGCAGCAGGGGAGUCUGCGACCCCUCUGCAGCUCUUGAGUAGAGCACAGAUUUUGGAGCGAAUGAAUGUCACACCAGAGCUUCUGCUUAUCGUUCUGAUCUCCUGCUGCAACAGUUUAUCUUCGCACCUCCUGGAUGUCUUUGGCAAACAGAGCCGAUAUCGCUUGGUCAAUACUACUUUUUGGGGUAUCUGUUUCAUGGUUGCCAUGCUCUGGGGCCUCGAAAACGGGCCUCCCAUCAGCACUGAAACUGGAGUGCUCAAAUUUCCGACUGUCUGCAUUGUCGGUUUCAUUCCGCAUUUGCUUGUCCUGUUCGGUAUCACUUCCUGCUUCGUGAUCUAUGGCUUGGCCCUUGUCAUCACCGCAUUCUCUUUGCCUUUGGAAGAAGGCCAAUCUGUGACUUUUCGAGAGCGGCUUGCGCUGGCGCACGACAAUAUGCAGGGCUCGAAUCAAAUACGCGGCAUUCGUGUCAAUAGGCAUGAGGAUUUUUACACAACUUUGCUUCGCGUUGGCUAUGUCUCCCUUACAGCCGCCAGCGAGGCGGUCUUUUUGAAUGAAGGCAAAGCGGUCGUUGCCAAACAGAUGACCUGGCUGGAGAGAGAGCGACUGGCAGAGAUUGAAGAGUCUCGGAGAGAAAGAGAGUCUCAUCGAACACCGCAAAACCAUUUCGAAGGACCAUUGUUCGAUGCUGUGGGAUUUGGUGGGUUCGACUUGCCCGAGCGAAGGAGAGAAUGGCAAAGUGGAUACAAACAGGAAAAGAAAAUCGAGAUGCCGAAGAGCGGAUCGCGACAGGUUCGACCACAGGCCGAACUAGGAGGAGUAGGCGCAGUUCGAGCAUCUGUACGACUGCGGCAUUGCAUCUCAUUCUUCCGCGCUAUCGGAUUGCUCAUACUUCGCUGGGUCGUGUACGGCUUUGGUCGUUUACUUGAACGGCUCGGUGUUCAUGCCCGUCCGCUUUGGCUUAAACGUUUGUCUGGCACACACAGAAAUGAUGCAGUCCCGAAAAGGUCGUCUCCAUCGGGGCCCGUGGAUUUUUGGGUCCUCACGGAUGAUGGAGAGCUCGAGCUUCCCGAUGACCAUGAAUUUGACGUGGAAUUAGAGAUGCAGAAACAAGAUCGAUCCCGACCAGGCAUGUGGGACGCAGCCGACGAGCGUCGGCUGGACGAGAGACUUUACAGCUGGUGGAAAACAGGAGGAUCGUGGGGCAACCAGGAUCAUACGCCUGAUUACAACCCACCCAUGGACGACGACGAUGACACAACAAGUGUGGUAUCCAUGUCAACUUGUGGUACCGAAUCAGAGUGGGAAGACGAGGACGGACUCUCUGACGGACGCCGAACUCCUACGCAAUCGAACCCAUACCCCCAGUAUUCUCGCGAAAGCACCCCUGCCCCGGAGCCAUUGUUGGACAUGAGCACAUUCGCUCGUCUCCUUGACCCUCGAGACCGAGAGAGUAGGGAAGAAGCUCGCAUUCUGGCCGCACAUCUCAAUACCGGCCGAGAGCCCAAUCGAAUCAUGACCCGCAGUCAAUACAAAAAACAGCUGGAAAAGGAAAACUCGCGAGUCCUUUUGUCAUCCCGCCUACAUGCCCGUGCACCCAAUGUUGCAGCGCAGGGUCAACGCCGAAAGCCAUCGAGCGAGGAAGAGAUGGAGAUACUUGAGCAGCUUAUUCUAUCCCGCCGCGCCGAAAUGGCUUCAAGCUCAGACCCUAGCACAUGGGAAUCUGGCGCGACGGGACUAGGUCCCAACGGGCCUCCGUGUGUUGUGUGCCAAACCAACCCUCGGUCCAUCAUCACCUGGCCCUGUCGUUGCCUCUGUAUCUGCGAGGACUGUCGCGUGAGUCUUGCGAUGAACAAUUUUGGCAGCUGUGUGACUUGUCGACAGGAUGUUGGUGGAUUCAUGCGACUCUGGGUACCUUAA